AUGGAAUAUAUUGUGAAGGUCGCGGCAGUCGUAGGUGGCUCAGUUGGCCCGGCGAUCAGUGGCAAAGUUAAGACGUGGCCUGGACCCGGAGGAAUUCCAACGAAUCUCACUGCUAUUGCAGGAACAACAAGCCUUACAAUCAACUGGGAGGACCCAGCCGGACGUGCAACGGGCGAAUUCAUGUACUACGUGGCAACUGUCUUUGAAAAGAACGGCCAUGAAAUUUAUCGCAUCUUCCCAAUUCUUAACAAAACCUGUACGGUCGAGAAUUUGAAGCCUGCAAGACUGUACGGAAUCGAAGUACGCAGAAGAAAUAGGCAUCUUGAACCUCUUGGAUAUGGCGGUGGCCUUAGUGAGCCAGCAACCCUGGAGGUAGAAACCUUGCCGGCUGCACCUUCAUCGGUUAAGGUGUCCUGGUUGCCGCCGGAGGGCCUGAUUGGUACCGUUAAGGGGUACCAUAUUCUGGCCAAGGACAAGGACAAGAUAGUUCGUAAGCUCAGUGUACACGCCAGAGAAAGGAGUGUCGUUGUAACAAACCUAGACCCCACCCAGAAAUACCAAUUCUACGUUCAGGCACAUAUAAAUCCCAACAACCAGGGUAUGGGUGGUGGUCUCAGUCGGGAAGUCCUCAUCCCAGAAACAACCAGCUCACGUAAGUCUGGAACCGGUCAGUUUUAG